AUGACUCCUACCAUGUCUAUACCCAACACCCUAUUCGGUGGCGCCAUGAUAGGAAACACUUUCACCACUCCAGAACAAGUCCAAGAACUCCUCGAUCAGCUCAAAGUACUGCAGAUUGAUCAUAUUGAUACUGCAGCCCGAUACCCACCCGGAAACCCUGGUCGCUCUGAGAAUUUGCUAGGAGAAGUCCGCGCUUUAGAGCAAGGGUUCACUAUCGAUACUAAGAUUAGCCCGGGGAGUUCUUCCGGCGAUGGCUCAGGGACGCACACAGCCCCUGCAAUCAGAAAGUCCCUGGAGGAAAGCCUCGGCCAGCUUAAGACUAAAAAGGUCGACGUUCUCUACUUCCACCGUCCUGAUCCCAGCACUCCGAUUGCCGAACAGGCCGCUGAGAUCAACAGGCAGUACCUGGAUGGCUGUUUUGAAAGGUUUGGGUUAUCAAAUUUCCCAUCUGAGAUGGUCGCAGAUUUCGUCGCCGUCUGUGAAGGACAAGGCUAUGUCAAGCCGAGCGUCUAUCAAGGUCUCUACAAUCUCCUCAGCCGAGAGUGUGAGAAGCUUUUCCCACUCCUUCGCCGGCAUGGGAUUGCAUUCCAUGCCUAUAGCCCUCUUGCCGGUGGCUUUCUAACAGGCCGAAUGACCCGCGGCGAUGUUGAAGGUACUCGGUUUGCACCGGAAAAUACAGCAUUUAAAGCGUAUAAUGGCAUAUACGACAAGCCGGAGAUGCAUGCUGCUAUCAACAGUCUUCAAGAUACCAUUGAGCCACUCCAGAUCUCUGGCUCUCAGGCUUGUCUGCGGUGGAUAUACUAUCAUUCUAUCUUGCAAGGGGGCGAUGGUGUGAUCCUAGGUGCAAGCAGAAUAUCUCAGAUUGUUCAGAACAUGGAGAAUAUCUCCAAAGGGCCUUUGCCAGUGGAGGUUGUGCAGAAGAUUGACUCCCUUUGGGAGAAGCUUCAUUGUUAG